GGCGGAGUGCACAUUUAAUUGUUGCGAACGCCAUUAUACCAACGAAGAAGAAUGUCGCCACAGCCAGUUAGACCACAGCUUGAAGUUAUUGUUGUGUUUGAGGCACGAGUUAUUAAAUGUAGCUUAGCUAGAGUAGCCUCCAAAUGUCGUAGUAGUAACGUUAGCUAGUCGUCUUAAAAGGAAGAAGAUGUCAACAAGUGCUGUCACGAUGUUAAUCAUCACUGCUGCUGUAUGCAGCCUGUUGCUCGUUGCUCAAGGACAGAUGGACGAUGAGGAAUGGAUUGAUCCCUAUGAUAUGUUGAACUACGACCCAAGCACAAAGACCAUGAGAAAGCCUGCUGAGGUUUCACAGCUGCCUUCAUGCAAUCUGGUGUUCAAGCAAUUCCUCACCAAGUUUCUAAAGGAGAUAAAUAAAUUUGGCCUGCCCAGUGAUUUCCAGAAUGAUCUCUACUACGACGCCAAAGUAAGACUGUCUCGGCAAGCAUUGGGUGAGAUCUGGAAGCUUCUGGAGGGAAUGGACACCUGUAGAAUGGGGGAUCUGGACGAUGCCCUCAGCCAGAUCCUGGUGGAUCUCAAACCACAUGAACUCGAGGCCUCGAGAUGGCACUUUGAGGACACCUUUGGUGUGGAGAUCGACACAGUCAUGAAGGUGUUUGUUUGUGUCUUAGUUAUAGUGGUCAUCGUCUGCAGCGAGCUGUGGUCUACAGUCUCCUGGUUUGUCCAGUUCAAGCGAAUCUUCACCAUCUGCUUUCUCAUCGGUCUGGUGUGGUUUUGCUUCCUCCUCCAAAAGAUUGACUUUGCCGUCGACGCGAAAUGCACCGGGAAAAUUGACUGGUGGAACUUAAAUGAUUGGUACAGAGGUGCCAUGACUCUCCAGGAAGGUCUCUGUAAGAUGUACAACAAAGUCCUCACCGUCAGCCCAAUCCUUCUCGUAUCCCAAGCUAAGAAGAACUUUGGCCAGAGGAUCAGCGAGUUGCUCGUAGCCAUCAAGGUCCUACCGGUCACCCGGGAUAUCCCUGUGCUCCUCUUCGUGCUUUCCAUCCUGGUGUUUAUGUACUGUAGCUGCCAGGCAGCCAUCAAGCACUGCAUUACGAGACUGCUGAGAAUCGGCAGGCCCAGGGACACCCCUCCUCCAGCCAUGGAUCAGCCCGAGCCCCAGUCCCAUCCUGGAGGUACAAACCAUGACCCACUGGCAGGGGGGGAGGCCCUUCAAUGCUCCCCUCCCAGAAACGUGGAGACCCUGAGGAACGACGACUGGCCGUUUAGCAACGCCCAGGAAGAGGUACAACAACCAGUUGUAGGUGGGGCCACAACUGCAGGCAAUGACUCACAAGAAGCUAAACCCUCUCUAGCUAAAGCCAAACCCAAUGAGAGGGAUGUGACGUCUGAAUCUAAGGUGGCUACUGACGGGGAGUCUAAGCAGCUGGCCGAGAGGCAGCCCUCACCAACUACACAGGGGAAUAAUACGCAGGAGAAGUCAUCAGAAGAGAAGAUGUCAUCUAUCUCAGGGCAGCAUGGUGAAACUGAUAGGGUGCCUGUACAAGAGACUGAACCAACGUCGCUAGCACUAUAGACUAUAUUCUUGUCAUUGACAGCAGUGCGAAAUCUCAAAUCCAUUGGAUGCCUUAAGCCAGUUAUGAAGAUGCAGUUUCUCAAGAUAAUGAAGAAUACUUUUUAUUUCAUUUUUUGAAAAUGUUUUUCAGUUUACAAUGUGUAGGCCAUAGUGAUUUUCUUUUUAUCUUUAAAAAAAAUAGCAGGUUGUUUACCUGUUUUACAUUCUCUUUUUGUUAGGGAAAGACCAGCCUUAAUAUUGUAUAGAUUCCAUCAAUGUAAUUGUCCAUCAUUUACAAUCCCCCAUAUUUUUUUGAUAUAUAUAUAUAUAUAUAUAUAUUUUUUUUUUAAACACACAGUACUGUUCAAAACACCAGUCUCAACAUCAACAGUGAAGAGGCAACUCAGAGAUGCUUGCCUUCUAGGCCGAGUUCCUUUGUCCAGUGUCUGUGUUCUUUUACCCAUCUUGAUCUUUUCUUUUUAUUGUCCAGUCUGAGAUAUGGCUUUUUCUUUGCAACUCUGCCUAGAAUUCCAGCAUCCCGUAGUCGCCUCUUCACUGUUGAUGUUGAGACUGGUAUUUUGCAGAUACUAUUUAAUGAAGCUGCCAGUUGAGUACUUGUGAGGCAUCUGUUUCAGCUUUCAGCUGUCCUAACAUAAUUGCAAAAGCCAUUUAAAAUUAUAAACUUGGAUUAGCUAUAAACUAUCAAAAUAGUCUCACACCAUGUUACCUCCCAGCAAUUUAAUGGGUUUUUACCAAUAUGGCAUAUCAAAUAUAGUAUGCUAUUGUUAUCAUAUAGAAACAAUGGAAUAGUGUACAUCAUAUCAGCGUCAACAUAUAUUAUUGUUAAAUUCAAUUUCACAUUUGUUUUUGUUACAUGUAAUCUUUUGGUUCAACCUUAAUAUAUAAUUAACAUCAACAGGGGGAACACAUUAGGAAUACGCUAAUAAGCUGUAAAUAAAAAAAAUCUAUUUAUAAGAUUUGUUCAUGGAGGAAAAUGUGUUCAUAAGAAGGGCCUGAGAUCUAAGUCAAUAUUCAGACCACUAGGGGUCAAUGUUUUUAGAUAGGAUAUCCAGUAACCCUCCCUUUGUAGUAGUAGGAUCUCGAUGUUACCUCCUCUCCUUGGUAGAGAAACAUGCUCAAUGCCUGUGUAUUUGAGGGAGGAGAUGGGAUGGUUAGCUUCAACAAAGUGAGCUGCUACUGGAUAGUCAAUGUUCUUACACCUGAUUUGAGCUGCGGUGUUCAGCUAUGUGUUGUUUUAAUUGUCUUUUCGUUUGUCCUACGUAGGCUUUUCCACAUGAACAGGUGAUGAGGUAGAUGACUCCCUUGGUCUUGCAUGAGAUGAUCCCCCUAACAGUUAUCUUUUGACCUGUAUGUGAGUGUCUGAAGAAAAAAGUUUUUAUUUAUUUAGUGUUAUUGCACUGUGCGCAUAGCAUCGUAUUGCGCUUUGUGUAUAAGUCUGUGUAAUGCAUCAUUCUUUGAUAAUCCACAAUUCCAUGUAGUUUAUUUUUCUCUCAUCAGUCUGCAUGGUGAAUUUGAGGUAUUCAGAGCUCUUGUUUAGUAGAGUUUGGAAUUCAUUUAGUUCCUGCUGACUUCCUUCCCAGAGCACAAUGACAUCUAUGUAUCUCUUCCAUAGAAGUAUUUUAGAAAGUAAGGGGUGUGUCUGUUUUAAAAAAGGAAUGCUUCUCCAAAUUGUCCCACAUACAGGUUUGCAUAGUUGGGGAAAAAGGGGAGCCCAUGGCUGCACCCUAAAUUUGAAGGGAAAAGUCUGACUGAAAGACAAAGUAGUUCUGGGAUAAUACCAGUUCAGUAAGAUGCAAUCAUUGGAUGGAGCAAGGAUAGAGUCUCUCUGCUGAAGGAAGUGUUGUAGCGCCCGCAAGCCUCCAGUGUGUGGGAUGUUAGUGUACAAGCUCUCCACAUCAAAAGUGGCCAGGAGGAUGCCCCCUGGAACUGAAACUUGAAUUAGCUAACACAAUGUGCCAUUGGGACACAGGAGUGAUGGUUGCUGAUAAGUGGAAUCUGUGUAGCUAUAAACUGCUCUUUUUUUUAAAUUUAA